GUUUAUUUUGGCGUAGAAGAGAAGGAGUUGUUGGAUGAGUGUGAGGACAUCUGCGAGAGGAUGCACAUGUUGGUUGAGAGGUUGCAAGUUCUCGAUAAAUUUGCUUACAAUGGAAGAAGGGCUUGUUCCUGGUUAGAAGUUGUUUCAACCUCACAAGUG